UUUAAAAACCAUUUUUCCACCAAAUCCUAAGCUUUUCUUGACAAAUAAAAUAAGAAGCUUCCACUUUUAUUUAUUUUUAUUCGUAGCAAAUUUUACAAUCAAAGUCAAGAAUCAAGAUUAGACAAAAGAGCAGGCCAAGAAAACGCGUAACAAAUUCGCGAUUUCAUUUCCAGUUCUUUGUUCUUCAGAAAAAGGUGCAAAUGGGUGAGCAUUUGGUGGUUCAUGUGGAACAGCUGGUGAAGCCAGAGAUAGUAGGGUCCAGCCAGUUGACUUCACCAGCUGUGGUAGAACCCUCAUCGUCUAUGGCUAAAGAGAAGGAAAAGAUGGAGGAGAAGAACAAUGGGGCUGCAGACGAGGAGGCGCCAUUGUUAGGUAUGGCAGAGUGUCGCAUUUGCCAGGAAGAGGAUUCUCUGAACAAUUUAGAGAAUCCUUGUGCUUGCAGUGGGAGUCUCAAGUAUGCUCACAGAAAAUGUGUUCAGCACUGGUGCGAUGAGAAGGGUGACAUUACUUGUGAGAUCUGCCAUCAGCCUUAUCAGUCUGGUUAUACCGCCGUUCCGCGGCCUCAAUCUGACGAGACUACCAUAGAUUUUGGAGGAGUUUGGCAACUUUCUGGCACACCACUGGAUGUGCGUGAUCCUCGCAUUCUGGCAAUUGCUGAGGCUGAACGUCAGUUGUUUGAAGCAGAUGAUGAUUAUAAUGGAACAAACAACAGUGGUGCUGCUUUUUGCCGCUCAGCUGCUCUAAUUUUACUGGCUCUCCUGCUAUUGCGGCAUGCAUUGUCCGUCGCCAAUGCUGAUGGAAAUGGGGAUGGAGAUGGAGGUGCAGAUGAUGAUGCAUUUACUUUCUUCUCUAUUUUCUUACUCCGAGUCAUGGCCUUUCUCUUACCCUGCUACAUCUUGAUAUGGGCCAUGAAUAUCUUGCAACGCCGGAGGCAAAGACAAGAGGCGGCACUGGCAGCAACACAAUUCGCAAUUCUGGUACAAUCAGCACAAAGCAGGGGUCUUCUAGUUGCAUCGGCUGCACCCGCAGUCACUUCACAGAUUUCUCCGGUGCAGGAACAGGUUUAAUAAAUAAUAAUUUCCGCAACGUCCUUGUACCAUUUUUGUGUGUCAAUUUCGUGAUGUUCCCAGCACACUUAUCCUGGAGGAACGAUGAUGCUACCUAUUAUUACAGUUUUUCUUUUCCAUUUUCGUGUUUUGAAAUUUCCAUUCGCCAAAUGUGUGUAUGUAUGUGAUCUCCCUCCACCAUCUAUCUUGAAGAAAUGAAUCAGUGUCAUAUAAACCAUUUGACUCCGGAAGCUUUUGCCUUUCAAUCCACAAAUUUAUCGAACUGUAUUUAUUUA